UGGAGCAAUUUUCGAUGCAUAUUAUCUAAUAAACAAAUAGUACAGAACUAUUACACAGAGACCCUAAUCUCCUAUUUAAGUUCUUGCUCACCAAUCCACACUCACAGCAUUUCAUUUUCAUUUCAGCCCCUAAACCAAAUCACCCUUCCAUCUCUGUUGAUAUUACUAUGCCUGCUCGCAGAGUUCGAAAUAACAGGGGAGAGCCUAACCUCUCACAAAUUGUGUUCAGGCAGGGCGGAGCCGGAGACCUCCAGCAACAACGAUACCGCGAAUUCUACCAACGUUCAAUAACAUCUACGCGAUACGUUGAUGAGAAUUGUUUACGCGAUUUGGGGAUGCUCGAUACUGUGCAGCGGUUGCUUGAUAAAUUGGGUCUCACUAAAGCAUGCACACUAAACUUACCCACCUAUGAAGCAUUAACCUUGGAAUUCUUAAGUUCCUACUCCUACAACACACCUCCUGGUGCUGGUAUGCAUCUUACCGGAGCAGCGAAUUUCAGAAUGUUUAACACAGAAUAUACUGUGGAUCAAGAGACUCUGAGUGAGAUACUCCAGUUCACUCGUGGAGAAGAUGUGAAUUACCGAAUUCCUCCGGAAAUGGAUUGGACAGCAACAUCAUUCGCAAUAUGGGAACGUAUAGCCGGUGAACGUCCUGCUGGUUGGGACGAACUUCUCUCCACUCAUAUCCACAAUCCUUGCAUCCGUUACUUUCACCGCAUCUUAGCUAAUACCAUUUUUGGAAGAACCAACAAUAACAGGGUAAAUUCCAAGGAGAUGUUUUUCUUUCACUGCGCUUUUGCACGGAACUGCAGGAUAAACGCUAGCUCGUUUCUCAUGGCUCACAUUCAAUCUCUUGUCGCGAGGGAUGGAACUAAUGUACCUUUCUGUAUUGGAGGUAUAGUUACAAGUAUAGCACUCCAUCUGAACUUGGGGGACAAAUUGCAAAAUUUACCUUCACUACCAGCCGUUUUUAUGGAUAUCGACAACUGUCGAGCUGGUCACCUUAUCAAGGUAAGAGAAGAAGGAGGAUAUAAUCUCAUGGUGCGGAAUAGGAAAGUUCCGAGCGUCAUUUUGCCAAAUCCAGCCAUUACCAGAUUAACCGAUAGGAACAAUUGGUUAUACGAUCUAGAUGCACCUGCCCCUGGUGCAAAUGUGCAAGACAUCGAAGGUGGGGCGCAUAUUGAUGAGCCUGAUGAGAUGGAGCAGGGUCCACCUGAAGAAGAUCAACAACCACCUGCCCGACAGGUUGCAAGCACCUCCACCCGACGCCGUCGACGAAGUGACCGUGCUCCUGCUACUAAUGAUGACAUUCUAGCGGCCAUUAUGCAAAGAAACGAAUUGGAUGCUCAGAGAGAUGAAAGGAACCAGACACAGCUUACUAAUAUGAUGAAUCUCAUGCAGCAAAUCCAACACGAAUUGGCCAACCAAGGAGAGCAGGUAACAGGCGUCAUAACUGAAUUGAACGCUUUGACCUUGCGUGUGGGGGACUUGCAGGAUUAUAUCCAUCAGGUGGGCAUACCGGAUCAUCACGUGGCACAAAAUGGACGGGGUCGAGCAAGGACUCCUGGUAGAGCACGUGGCAGAGGCAAUGAGGGAUGAUUUUUCAGUUUUCUACCUUCCUUUCUUUGCAUUGGAGACAAUGCUCAGUUUAAGUGUAGUUUAAGUGUAGCUCAGUAUUAGACAAAUUCUGUUUGUUUCAAAUGAUGGUUGGUGGUUUUGCCAUGAUAAAAAAUAGUCUUUUAACCUCUUGUAGGUAGUUGUUGUUAUUUAACCACUUAUAUGGUAGUUACUUUACAUAAAAGUGUCUGAUACAUUGAGAUUUGAAGUACUUAUUCUAUCAAUAUUUCUUGCAUGAUUAGUUUUGGGGUCAAUUAAUACUUAUUCUAACAACCUUCCAUAUCAUGAAAGUCUGAUUGUGUUUCAUCUUCUUUAACUCCAUUUCAAUCAAUUUCUUGUUUUGAAUUUGUCAGAUGAAGGAGUUUGGAGAGCAAGUAUGAAAAAUAUCGUUUUAAAGAAAUAUUUACUUCAUUUUAAAGUUUUUUAAUGGAGAAAUUGGUAUCUGCACUAUUCUUUUAAUCAUAUCUUAUUUAUAUUUGUAUAAAGUAUGUAUUGUGUGAUUCUCUCGAUUGACAGAUUAUAAUUAGUGCACUUGGUUUACUUAUGAUUUGAGUUUUUCGCAGGUUGGGAUAUCAGGAUCAUUACUCCGAAACAAAUGAAUAUCCAACAUUUUUUAUUUCAGAUUGGUGGCUCACUUUCUGUCAUCAGGCAUUUCAGGUGUUGCUCGUCGGGCGGUGCUGGAGCCUUCUUCGGUUAGUCUUGUAGCUGCUAUUCUCAUGGGUGUCGUCGUUCCACCCCGUUUGUUUGCAGAAUUCUGUUCUCUUUUCGGUCUUCUGGCGCAAUAGUUUGUUUAGGGAGCUGUUGGAGUGUAAUGGUUCGGGAGUUGCGUGAUCACCGGUCUGGGGCAAUCCACGCCGAGCAUGGCUGCAUUUACAAAGGCGAGGGUUGUGGCUGCUAAGAUUUUCGAAAUAAUCGCUCGCAAGCCUGGAACUGACAGAAAUAGUGAAUCAGGAUUGGAAUUGGAGACGGUUACUGGACUUGUGGAGCUGAUAUCAAUCCCACUUCUGGGCUGUUUCAAAGCUUCGUGAGAGUAAAUCAAAUGAUAAGCGAGUUUCAAUGUUUACGACAAUGAAGAGACUCUAUGUGAGAGCGGACCGUGGAUGGAAGCUUUGCAAGCGGGUUGGCCAUGAAGGUUGCCAUCAAGAUGGAAUUUAGGAUCACACAGCCGGUAACAUUCACUCAUUGGCGUUUCCCUUUUGAAAACAAUUUUUAUCUCAGAUAUUUCAUUAGUCUACGAAUAUAGGUUUAUGAUGUGAGCAAACUGUAUUAUAUGAUGUAAUGAUUUGUUCAAAGCUGUUGAUUCUUACAUUUUCUUUUACUUUCUGAUUCUGAUUUUGUGCCGACUGUUUUGGUUGAACCAAGAACUGGAAAUACCAGACCGGUUCUUGUCCUAACGCAUGCUUGGUGCAAACCAGAUGCAGGUAUCAUUUAACCUAACCUAUCAUACUAUUGGAUAUUAGGAAUUAAGUCACUGAGAUGACAUGUCUUUGCUGUUAUUAUUAUUGUCACAACUACUAAUGUAAGUCAACUACUCUUCAAUUUCGCAGAAUUCUGAAUAUGAUAAAUUUUGGACCAACUAUAAGGAAUUCACUAUUUUUAACCCUUAUUUGUUUGCCUAAAAGUAGCAACAUGACUGGUAAGCCUUUGACAUGUUUGUAAUGCAUCACUGUUUCUGCACAACUAUUGGAACGACACUGAGGUUCAAAAGCACACCAUCUGGCUGCUACUACAAUUGUUGCUCGGGCUGCAAUCGUUCAAACAAGAAUACUUCACUGCCUUUUCAAUGAAAUUGUAACGGUUUCAAUGUCAUCGAAGUAACAAAGUAUAAAAUUGAGAUUGAAGUUCAGCACGAUGGACAUGUCUGCUCCUUCACGUUUUGGGACAAAGCUCGUGUCCCAAUUGUUGGCAUUACAGCUGCCAAGUUGAGAGCUAUAAUGAAAGAGGCUGGGGAAGAUCACCCACAAAUAUACGCUAUCCACCUUGACAGUCUACUGAAGCAAAAGUUGGCCUUUCAUGUGAAGUAUUCCACCUUCUACAAACAAUGCUCGAUUGUCAUGCUUAAUAGAGAUGAACACGUGUACAACAUGAUCCAUGAAUAUAUGAACCCAAAUGAGAUCCUAUCUACUGAGCUCACUUUGUAUAAAACAAGCUCUACGAAUACACCACCACCGUCUAAGAGGGAUGAUGCCACCAUUAGAUAUGAUGAUGCGCCUCCAACCAUGUAUCUAACACCACAAAAUUCUUCCACAUAACUGAAACACAUGAAGAAGGAGUGAUAUGGAGGAGUAAUUUGGAACACCUUCUGUAAUCUGAAGCAGAUUUGUUCAAAGCACCUGAACCGAUUAUUGAAGAGUCAGAGAUUGAUCUGGAUCCCAUGACAGCAGCCAUCUCAAUGAGAUAUCAAAUCUCACUCUGAUUAAUUCUCCAUCCUCGAAUGUUCCUCCUGUUUAUAAGAGAAAUUGAAUGCAACAACAUUGUUGUUCGAGGCAUCACGAUUCUCGCGACUGAUUAUGGUUUAUGGUUUAUGACGCACACUCUUGCAAGAACAAGCAGAUUGAGGACUGUUAUAUAGUGUCCUGGGAUGACUGUGUGGCUGUGAAGAGUGGUUGGGAUGACUAUGGUAUACCUUAUUGAAUGCCGACUACGCAGCUGGUAAUAACAAGGCUCACUAUGAUGUCUCAUUUAGUGGUUUUAAGCUGUUAGUGAUAUUGUUUUUUCCAUUUUUGGUUUUCUGGGUACAUUUGCUUGUGCUGUUGGUUUAUCAGCUGCACUUAAUCUGGGUUGCAAACCUGUUAGAACUUCAAGAACUGAUCGGCUGCACCGCUAGGGCUGGGUUCGAACCUAGGACCUUUGGUUAAGCUGGAAGAGACCCUCUAAAUAUAUAUGAGUUUUGCUAAGAUAGAACCAUUUAAUUUUUAGAAGGAGUACUUUAGGAAACUAUAAUUAAAAAAAUAGUUAAAUGUACUCUAAGAUGUAUGUUAUUAAAACACUUCUUUAAAAAAUAGAAGUGAGUGUAAGUUAACAUCUUUUAUAGACAUUUACUAAAAUAGAUCCAUUUAUUUUUAGGAGUGUGUUAGCAAAUAAUAAUUAAAAUUUAUAAAUACACUCUAAGGUGCAUAUUGCUAAAACAAUCCUUUAUAAAAAUUAAUUGGUCUAUCUUAACAAAACUCAUUAUAUACUGGUAUGUUUGUGAAAGAUUCAUAGGAUACAAUGCAAGAUGCACCAAACCGUUUUUUGUUCAAUGCUCGCAAAACCUAGUUUUAUAUCAGUGGCUACUCAAGCGCUACCAGGGGCGGAGCCAGGACCCUGGGCCAGGGGGUUCAAAAUCUUUUUCUAUCAGUGUCAACGGGAGCAUGAGGUAAACCUAUUUUUCUUUUGAAUGGUUUCAAUGUAGGCUAGAAAUUAGAAUUCAGUUCCCAAGCUGAUAAAAUUAUAUCUUUGUUACAGGAAAUAGUGGAAUAUCUUUGUUGGAGAGAAAUAAAGUAGAAUAUCUUUGUUGUAGAGCUAUAUAUUUACUAUAUAGGUUAAUUACUAUAUAGGUUCUGAGGUGAUAUUUACUUAUAGUUAAUUAUAUUUGCUGCGUAUCAUUAUUUAUUAUCUCUCAACUGAUUGAUUGAUGAGUUGAAUAUAAAUUUGCUAUUAUUAUUUAAGUAUCUAAAUUCAAUGGAAUCAAUAGCCUCAAACUCAACUCAUUGCAAGAAGACACUAAGAAGGUAUGGGUGUUUUCUUUUUCUUUAGUUUUCUCUAUUAUCAAAUAUGAUUUGUUCUCUUUUUCUUUAGUUUUCAUGCAAAAAGAUAAAACUUAUGCUAUAAUUUAUUUGUCAAUAGUUCAAACUCUGAGUUUGGAUGUUGGUUUGUGAGUUAAGGGUGGAGUGUUGUUAGAUAGUGGUGUUGAGAGAAUGUGAAGAAAAUGAAAAUUGAAAUUCAUACAUCAUCUUUUGAAAUAUAUACAACCUAACAACCUUGAAAU